UCGUCACGGCGCAGCGGUAACCACUGUGCGUGUGCAUUCCGCCCGAAGUAACGCCAAAAAUAUGCAAAAAUAUGAGAAACUCGAAAAAAUAGGAGAAGGCACUUAUGGCACCGUUUUCAAAGCGAAGAACCGCGAAACUCACGAGAUCGUCGCUUUAAAAAGAGUACGUUUGGACGAUGACGACGAAGGUGUGCCAUCCUCAGCCCUACGGGAGAUCUGCUUAUUAAAAGAAUUAAAACAUAAAAAUAUAGUGCGUCUUUAUGAUGUAUUGCAUAGUGAUAAGAAACUUACUUUAGUCUUUGAGCACUGCGAUCAAGAUCUUAAAAAAUACUUUGAUAGUUUGAAUGGAGAAAUUGAUUUAGACGUAGUGAAAUCAUUCUUAUAUCAAUUAUUACGUGGACUAGCAUUUUGUCACAGCCGUAAUGUUCUCCACAGAGAUCUCAAACCACAAAAUUUACUAAUCAAUAAGAAUGGCGAGUUGAAGCUUGCUGAUUUUGGAUUAGCACGAGCAUUUGGCAUUCCGGUUAAAUGUUAUUCUGCUGAGGUUGUUACAUUAUGGUACCGUCCACCAGAUGUUCUUUUUGGAGCAAAACUAUAUACAACGUCCAUUGAUAUGUGGAGUGCAGGAUGUAUAUUUGCUGAGUUAGCUAAUGCAGGGAGACCGCUUUUUCCUGGUUCUGAUGUGGAUGAUCAAUUGAAAAGGAUUUUUAAAAUGUUGGGUACACCAACAGAAGAAACAUGGCCAGAGUUAACAAUCUUGCCAGAUUACAAACCUUUUCCACAAUAUCAUCCAACACAAGGAUUGGCUCAAGUUACACCAAAACUUACCUCAAGAGGAAAAGAUUUAUUACAGAGAUUAUUAGUGUGCAAUCCGGCACUGCGAUUGUCAGCAGAAGAAGCUAUGGCGCAUCCUUAUUUUAAUGAUUUAAACCCUGCCAUUAAAAAUGACCGUUGCCAAUAGCAAUCUCGUGUAAGUUUAGCAUUUUUUGAAGUCUUAUGCUUCAAGCUUACCGACCAAAAAUACUCCAACAAGAGAUCGUUUGUUGAUAUAUUUCGCACUCGAUGCGCCAAACAUAUUGUGUGAUAUUAAAAAGUCCUGUUUUAUAUAAAAGUACAUAUGGCGAAACAAUAAAUUGUGAAUUUUAUCAGAAUUGGCCAAUUUCUAUCAGGAACAGAAGUGUUACUCUA